CGUUUACAUCGCUUUAUCAUUCGGUACAUAACCUAAAACAUAUGUAGUUCGACGCACCUACCAAACAAAUAAUAAUUAGAGAGUUUUUUCAUUCAAAGAAUAAAGUUUUUAGUCUGUUAUUACAAUGGAGCAACCACAGUGUGAUAUAGAUGCUACCAAACAAGCGGGAAAAAUACAGAAUUCACGUAAACGUAAAAAGCAAUAUUUUAAUCGAAUUCGUCAACAAAUGGAAUUUUAUUUUGGUGAUUCAAAUCUAUCAAAGGAUCGAUUUUUGAGCAAAUUAAUGGCUGAAAACCCAUAUGUACCGCUUGAUGUUUUUCUGACAUUCAAUAAAAUCAAAGCAAUGGCAAACAGUAUCGAAGAAUUGCAGAAGGCAAUUGAUGGUUCCGAGAUGCUGGAAUUGUCAGAUGAUCGACAGAGCGUACGACGAACCACGGAAAUUCAAAAGAAAGACCAACUCGAUGAGUACAUGAUUUAUGUGGAAGCAUUACCGCCAAAUGCAACGCAUGAUAGUGUUCGUCAUCAGUUUAGUCAAUUUGGAAAUGUGGCGUAUGUGUCGCUGCCAAAAUACAAAAAAAGUGGUCGAAUUAAAGAGUUCGCGUUCGUUGAGUUUGAGGAAAAGAGCAGCGUUGAAAAGUGUAUCCAAGCGUUUCAACAAUUUGACGGUGUAAUUGGUGGCGUAGAAGAUGCUAAAAAUCUUGCAAGUGUCUCAUCCUACAUAAAAGAGCAGGAAGAAUUGGAAAAAACCGAGCAGCCAGAAAAAUUGAUUGAAGAUGAAGACAAAGAAAAUAAAACGGAAGAUGAGAAACCGUGUGAAAGUGAGCCAAAUUCUGAUGAUGAAAGUGUUGCACCAAAGCAGUCACUAGAUGCACCAUCCACCAGUAAUGAUGAAGAUGUUCCAUCGGAACGCGCGAAAAUUGAUGAAAGUGCGGGAAGUCAGGAGAAAGAUAAUGAGGUAAAAGAGGAAGAAGAUUUUGUACCGGCAACAAAACGUAUGAAAAUAAUUGAGCCUGAGAGUGACAGAGACGAAGCAGAAGAUAAAGAGGGUGAUGGUGAUGGAGAUGAGGAUCGAGAAGGUGAACAUGAUGCAGAGAAAGAGGGCGACGGUCAAACCGAACCGAAAAAGAAAAGACGUCGUCGACGUAAUCGCAACCCAUCAUGUUCGGCGGUCAAACAAGAUAUUGCACCGGUUGCAAACACAAAUAAAUUAGCUGAUGAUACAAAAACAAUCGAUGAUCCAAAUCAAGCACUAUCUCUGUUGCGCGUUACAACAAAAAUACAAUGGAAACGCUUGCGUAACCAAUAUUUACUGCUUCAACGAAAGAAAUAUGCAGAGGUGAAACAAUUGCUGAACCAAAACAAAACUCGGAACCAAAAAGUGUCAACAUUGCCUUUGGCAUCCGUUCGACCAGUCACAAUGAAAAAUAAAAAGUUUGUUUCACCAACAUCGACCAAGCGCAUUUGCACGCGAAACAUUAACUUUUAUGGUGCAAUGAGAGAUGAACAAAAUACAAACACCUACGAGUGCAGCAUCAUUGAUUCAAACACUGAGAAGGUAGAAGAUGAGCAAACUAGCGAUAAAAAGGCGAAAACAAAAGAUCUUCAAAUCGAAUUCAAGCCGGGUAUUAUUGUGAAGGUUAAUUUCGAUGACGCAUCCACGGAUUUGACCGAUUUCAAAGCGGAAAUGAAACAAUAUUCAUUUGUUAAAUAUGUUGAUCUGAAAGAAGGAUGCACAUUUGCUCAUGUUCGUGUCGACGAAUCGCGUUCGGCCCCAAUUCUAAUUAAGCAUUGUGCUCCGAAACGUUGUCAAAUACUCACCGGAGACUGCGAGAAUGAAUAUUGGACAAAAAUCGCAAAAGAUCGUCAAGAAAAACUCACGAAAAGAUUCCAAGUAAAAAAGACACGGAGCAAGAGAAAUUUACGAAAAAUUAUCAAGAAUAUUGCCGAGGUCAAUGUGGUGAAAACACUCGAUAAUAAAACCAACGUAUCUCACAUUCGAUUUGAGGAUUAAAUUUAAUGGUUAUGUCAAUGGAAAAAAAACGCUCGACUCAAAGGGGUUUAUGUAAUUUGCUGUAUUUCGAUUGAUAUGUAAAAAUUUAAUGAUUAAUUUGAUUUUAUUUUUUAAUUUUAAUGCGAUGUAAACAAUUGUGUAAGAUGAUCCCAGGCAUGAUGAUUGCUUUUUAUUAUUUCACACAUAAAUGAUGAUAUAAAAUAAUUUUCAAGAAGAAAUCAAUAAAUAUUUCUUUUUUUAAAUAUUA